UCCGCGCGACGACGUCGAUAUUCAGUCGACGCUAGUCGCUCGAGAAAAUCGGUUCGUGUCUCUCAUCGCUCACGCAUAACCGCCGCGAUAAUAUAAAAGAGCGAUUAAUAUUUUCGACUCUUUCGUUGUUCCGUACAAGUACUAUAUAUUUAACAUCGUCUUUUGUUGUUGAAGUGAUACUCGUCGACUACCGCGAUAACUUGACUACGUUGCUUCUGCCUUUUUCUUUCGCAUUUACUUGCAGAAAUGCGGAUAUAUUAUUCUAGAAAAAUUUAAAAGAUUCUCUAAUCAAUUAUUCCGGAAUCGAUACAAUCGUUUCGGAAAACGCGAUUUUACGUUACAUCGUUUUCUCGAAAGUUACGCUACGUUUGUGUGUUGUACACGUGUACGGAAUAAUAAGCAUUUAGUGCACAGUUAUUCGCACAGAGAGUUACAUAUCGUCGUUGACGAUCUACAUACGGUGUCAUUCAACCUGUUGGCGAUCAUCACGUAUAAUAUAUUGUAUCAAGAAUAUUGUCCGAGGUGGUAAUAUAUUCGAUCUACACAUGUCGCACAUAUUGGAGCAACGUGUUGGAUCGUGAGAAAAAUGGAGACAACACUAUAACCAACUGAAGCGAAAACGUGCUUUAUCGAUAGUAAAUUUAAUACAAGAAAGAGAUAAGAGCGAAAAAAGAUAUUGUACAACCGAAAAUUGCAUCGUAUCGUGAGGAACUAACAACACAAGAUGUCGAUCAUUUUGUUUGUAAAUUACUGUAUCAUCGCGUUACUGAUAAUCUCGAGUGGAACAUUCGCGAAUCCCAUUUUACGGAAGGAUGAAGAAUUCACUGUCCGAAUCGUUCACACAAAUGACAUGCAUUCAAGAUUCGAGGAGACGUCGCAAUUAUCGACAGUGUGUACGCCAGCGGACUCUAAAGCCGGGAAAUGUUACGGAGGUUUCGCUAGAAUCGCCACUUUGGUCCGCCAAGCGAAAUCGGAGUUUCCUUCGCGAACGAUCUUCCUGAAUGCUGGCGACACUUAUCAAGGAAGCGCUUGGUACAACGUGUACAAAUGGAAGGCGGUUGCUUGGUUCAUGAACCUCUUGAUGCCAGAUGCUAUAAGUUUGGGCAACCACGAGUUCGAUGACGGUGUCGAAGGUUUGAUACCUUUCAUACAAAAUGCCUCGUAUCCCAUCUUGACGACAAAUCUGGAUCUUAGCGAGCAGCCGAAUCUGGCCGCCACAAAUCUGAAGAAUAGCACGAUUUUGGAAGUGGCCGGCAAAAAGAUCGGCGUGAUCGGUUACUUGACGUCGGAAACGAAAAUCUUGUCGACUACCGAAAAUGUAAUUUUCAAAGAUGAAGUAGAGUCUAUCCGAGAAGAAGUGAAGAAAUUAAAAGAGCAGGGUGUCGACAUUCUUAUCGCUCUGGGUCACUCGGGCUUCGAGGUCGAUAAGAAGAUCGCACGAGAGGUCGAGGACAUUGACCUGGUGAUCGGAGGUCACACAAAUACCUUCCUCUAUCGCGGCAAACCACCGGACGUCGAGGUACCAGAAGGUUUCUAUCCUACGAAAGUGCUGCAGAAGAACGGUAGAAAAGUUUAUGUCGUACAGGCAUACGCAUAUACUAAAUACCUCGGUAACUUCUCCGUGAGUUUCGACAUUAAAGGAGAGGUAACACAUAUAGAAGGAAACCCGAUUCUUGUGGACGCCAACGUGGAGCAGGCGGAAGAUGUUCUCAAACUGAUAAACGAGAAAAGAGGACCAAUCGACGAUUUACAACAGGAAGUGGUCGGAAAAACGCGAGUAUUGCUGGACGGGGACAGCAAGAAUUGUAGACGACUAGAAUGCAACAUGGGAAAUUUGAUCUGCGAUGCUAUUCUAGAUUAUCACGCCGGGGAAUAUUUGAAUACGGAUGGAUGGACGGACGCCGCCAUCGCCGUGCAGAAUAGUGGCAGCAUUAGAUCAUCCAUCACCAGAGACAGAAACGAUCAGGUCACUCGAGAAGAUGUUAUAAGUGUCUUGCCUUUCGGAAACGUCGUCGUCAAAGUUUCCAUGACAGGACAACAGCUUCUUUCGGUGCUGGAGUGGAGUGUUCAUAAUAUUGACAACUUAACUUCUACUGGAAAUUUAUUCGGCGCUUAUCUACAGUAUUCCGGAUUGCAGGUAGUUUACGAUAUCAGUCAACCACCGAACUCAAGGGUAGUUUCGGUCCAAGUUCAAUGCGCAGCUUGCAGAGUACCAGCGUACAGUCAACUCCAGAAGAAUGCUACCUACAAUGUCCUCCUCAACGAUUUCCUCGUAAACGGCGGAGAUGGUUUUCAUAUGCUGGAAGGUCUCGAAACAACUUCCCUCGGUGUCACCACAGCGGAUGUACUAGAAGAAUAUUUUAGAAAGCAUAGUCCUGUGCAUACAGGCGUGGAGUGGCGAAUUUUGUACAAUGAGAAAGUUGAUAUUUUUCAUAAUCUUGGAACAACGCAUCAAUCUGUUGGAAUGACAAUUCUGUUAUCAAUCAUCACUUGGUCAUCAUUGACAUAACAAGAGAAAGAACACUAUCUUCUUAAACAAUUAUAACUAUGUUCAUUGAAUUCUCUUUGACAACUGUAUUAUAUUUUACAAUUUUACUCUACCUCAAUAUUACGUACAAUGUAUCAUUUUUAUAUCCUUUUUCACUUAUAGCAGAAUGAAUGGAAAUGUAUGAAGAAUUGACAUAUAUAACGAGAAAAAUGGGGGAUACAAACACACAGUAUUGUCAAUCAUAAUUUUAAUCUGUUAAAAACAUUACACAUAUGAAAUUAUUAUACUUGAUAAAUAUAACUGUAAACUUAAUAAUAUCUCUUGAAAAAAUAUCUUUCGUAGAACAAAAACUACGUGACAUGACGAGGCUACUGCAUCGCUUUAUUCCUACGUAUAUGUCAUAUGUAAAAAGAAUUAUUAUUUUCUCUCUAGGAAUUUUUGUAAAAUGUGUUUCUUCAUGCUAUUAAUCAUAUUAUAUAGUAAAUAAAGAUGGUAACAAUAUUAUCAGUGAAAAA